CGGCCGGGUAAGUUUGGCAGCAGCAUCAGCUGGGGCUGGGACACGGCACCUCGCUGCCCCACAUCCAGACACAGACAGUGAGUCAGAAACAAAGAAGAAAACCCUCGUGGGCUGCGAUUCGCCUCUUCUGGUGAACUCCAGACGUCAUACGCACGCGGCUAUAGAUGGAGCUCGGGAGCCCAGGCCAGCCCAGUGCGAGCCCACGAGAGCUCCGCGAUGGUGGCGGCGGUGGGGGACGCAGUGGCUGCGUGGCCAAGGACGCGUCACCGGGGCCGGCAGUAACGGGAGAGCGCCCGUGAGCCACAAAGGGCGAGGGCCGAGCGGAAGGGCCCCGUUCUCUCCCCGGGAGGAGCCCCUCGGAGCCCUCCCAGCCCUUCGCCCUCCAGCUCAGCGCCGCCAGGAACGAUGAAAAAGAAUAAUUCAGCCAAACGGGAUGGAAACCAGCAAUCUGUGCAGCCCGAGAAGGUUGGCUGGGUGCGGAAAUUCUGCGGGAAAGGCAUUUUUAGGGAAAUCUGGAAAAACCGUUAUGUGGUAUUGAAGGGAGAUCAGCUUUACAUCUCGGAGAAGGAGGUAAAAGAUGAAAAAAACGUGCAGGAAGCGUUCGACCUGAGUGAUUAUGAGAAGUGUGAAGAGCUCAGAAAGUCCAAAAGCAGAAGCAAAAAGAACCACAGCAAAUUUACCCUAGCUCACUCCAGGCAGCCUGGGAACAUGGCACCAAAUCUCAUCUUCCUGGCCGUGAGUCCAGAAGAGAAAGAGUCCUGGAUUAAUGCCCUCAACUCCGCCAUCACUCGUGCUAAGAACCGCAUCUUAGAUGAGGUCACUGUCGAAGAGGACAGCUACCUCGCCCACCCAACGCGGGACAGAGCGAAAAUCCAGCACUCCAGACGCCCUCCAACACGGGGACACCUGAUGGCUGUGGCAUCUACCUCAACCUCUGACGGCAUGCUGACUCUUGACCUGAUCCAGGAGGAGGACGCCUCGCCAGAGGAGCACGGCACCUGCGAGGAGAGCUUCCGUGUGGACCUGGACAAGUCAGUGGCACAGCUGGCGGCCGGCCGGCGCCGCUCGGAUUCAGAGAACAUCAAAGCGUCGGAGAAGGGCCGGACCGGCAGCCUGCCGCGACGCGAGGUCACCUCAAGGGACAAACCUGCGCAGCGCAAAGACUCGUUGGACAAAGGGACCAUGUACACCCCGCAGGUCCCCAAAAAGCUGUCGCUCUCGGAAAAGAAUAAAUGUGCCUCCAUGGAAGAGAUCCUGUCGCGGCGGGACUCGGCGCACCGUGCGCUGCUGAGGAGGGGCCUUGAGGCUCAAUGCACCACGGCGGAGCCAGAGCAGCUGUCCCGGCUGCAAGAACUGGUUGCACUGAAACUGGAAAAAACUCAGGAACUGCUGACGGAGGUGAAGGGCUAUGGGGAAGGCAAGAGGAAGGUGAAAGACUGCACCACCAGCACCACCUCCUCCUCGUCCUCCUCCCAGUCGGACUGUGAGCGGAUCCUGCAGGAAUCGGAGCGGCUGCUGGGUGAAGCCUCCUCCACCUGGAGCCAGGCUCGGCGCGUGCUGCAGGAGGUCCGCGAGCUGCGGGACCUGUACCGGCAGAUUGAGCUGCAGCAGGUGGACUGCAACCCCAAACAGAGCUCACAGUACAGGAAGAGCAUGAUGUGAAGGCAAGCCUGGGGACAGGGGAGCGGGAGGGCGGUGCUGGGGCUUUUUUAUUAUUAUAAUUACAUACAGUGUUCAAAUGAGUGAAAAGGUGCCUGUUAUCCAAAUUUGCUUCUCAGAGCUUCAGACCUUCCUUCCCUCCAUCGCCCUUCGUGUCCCACUAAACCCACUGCAGUUCACACCUCUGGUUUUACACAUGCCCUUUGCACCGCAGCCCCAGGAAGCACCGCGUCCUCCCCUUGCCCUGCAUGCCCCAAGCAGCCACGCACCACGCUGAGGACAGCACGAGCCCUGGCUUUGCCGCUCUAGAUCUGAGCUGUCCCCUGCGUCGUAGCUCCUUUGCCAGGAGUCUUAUCCUGCUCUCGGAAAUAAACGACUAAAAGUACAAACAA